CCCUCGGAGCGGAGGAUGAUGAAGCUCAAGUCCAACCAGACGCGCACCUACGACGGGGACGGCUACAAGAAGCGGGCGGCCUGCCUGUGCUUCCGCAGCGAGAGCGAGGAGGAGGUGCUGCUGGUGAGCAGUAGUCGUCAUCCUGACCGAUGGAUCGUCCCUGGGGGUGGCAUGGAGCCCGAGGAGGAGCCCAGCGUGGCCGCCGCGCGAGAGGUCUGCGAGGAGGCUGGAGUGAAAGGGACGUUAGGAAGAUUAGUGGGAAUAUUUGAGAACCGGGACAGGAAACACAGGACUUAUGUUUACGUACUCAUCGUCACAGAAGUGUUGGAAGACUGGGAGGACUCUGUUAAUAUUGGAAGGAAAAGGGAAUGGUUUAAGAUAGAAGAUGCCAUAAAAGUUCUGCAGUAUCAUAAACCAGUGCAGGCCUCCUAUUUUGAAACCUUGAGGCAAGGUUGUUUGGCAAACAACGGCACUCCUGUCAUGACCACGACGUACUCUGAGAGCUCCAUGUCUGACAUCAGAUGACUGAAGACGUCCCUCUGAGAGAAAUUUUGAGAAAAUAGACUGAAACAUGGAUUUCCCUUCCCCCCCUCCCCUUUUUCACACGCCUCCUCUACCCAACAAGGCAUGGGCAGCAGCCUGUGGCAGAGCGAGUGUUAAGGAGUGCUGAAAUUUAGUGCAAGGUGGGAUUUUU